UAGUGUUCGGCUCCGAUGCUCCUUUUUCCGGUUGCUAACGGACGCUCCCCUCUCAGCCAUUAUCGGAUGCCUUCUCUCUGUUCACAUGAAAACUUCUACAGUCGAGAUUUCUUUCUAUUGGUGGGUUGUUCUUUUUUACUUUAGAUCGGCAAUUAUGUCCCACGUACGAGUUGUUGCUCUUAAUGCUUUUGAGAACCGCGUCGAAUUCUUUUUAUGGAAUCUUUCAUAAAGUCCUUCAAACCAAGCUUUUUCUCUGCCAAAAACCACAGCGAGGAACGCUAAGCUCUCAUGUAUCACUGGAAUAAAAUGGCCCAAAAAGAAGGCGAAGUAGUGGUCGAGGUUGAUGAUAGUAAUGGCUGUAGCAAAGAAACCAUUGAAGUAAACAAGAUUAGUAGGGAAAGUCCAUGCAGCGACUAUCAAGCUUCCUCAGAGACAUUCAUGGUUGCAAGAAGUGAAUCUGUACGACGAAGAAACAAAGACAUGUUGGACCAAGAAAACCGCCAAAGGUCCUCGAGCUCGGGUAGGGAAGAGGUUCUGAGGUGUAGUUCGAAUGUUUCGUUUCAGCGAGGAUCGCGAGAUUCAUGGAGGUCAGUGAUAAGCAAUACCAAGUCUAGGCUGAUAGACCCGCCAGAGGAGCCAUGUCAAAGUUCAGAAAGAGUAGUAAACUCUGGACGAGUGCGUGAAGAAGAUAAGGAUUAUGAGGAUUCUGAUAUUGAAGACAUCCCACAGGAGUAUAAGAGACAAAAAUUCAGCAAACUGACAUUGCUUCAAUGGGUUGGUCUUAUUUUGAUCAUUGCGGCUUUAGUUUGUAGCCUUUGGGUUCCGAUUAUAAAGAAGCAAACAAUGUGGGAUCUUCCAUUAUGGAAAUGGGUUUUAGUGGUUUUAGCAUUAAUUUGUGGACGUUUAGUCUCGGGCUGGGGAAUUCGGGUGGUUGUGUUCUUUAUAGAGCGCAAUUUUCUUCUGCGAAAAAGGGUUUUGUAUUUUGUUUAUGGGUUAAGGAAAUCUGUUCAGAAUUGCCUCUGGUUGGGUCUGGUUUUGGUUGUGUGGCAUAGUAUUUUCGAUAACAAGGUAAAGAAGGAGACCAAGAGCAAGAUUUUACCUCAUGUAAAUAAGGUUCUUGUUUGUUUUCUUUUGGGUACCCUGAUAUGGCUUCUAAAGACUCUGCUUGUCAAGGUCCUGGCUUCGAACUUUCAUGUAAACACAUUCUUUGAACGAAUCCGGGAGGCUUUGUUCAAUCAGUAUGUAAUAGAAACGCUUUCCGGUCGGCCAUUGUUUAAAAGACAUGGCGUAGAAGAAGAGGAAGCUAUGGCUGAGGUUCAGGAGUUUGAGAAAGCUGGGGUUAUUGUGCCUGGUGAACUUAGGGCAACUCUGCUUCCGAGGAGUGGGAGAGUGAUAGGAAGCGGUGGAUUGCAAUCUCCUGCGGUUGGGAAGAAUUCUAGAUUUUCGAGGUUAAUGUCUAAGAGGCAAGAUGAGGAGAUCCCAGUUGAUCACCUGCAUAAGCUGAAUCUGAAGAAUAUAUCGGCUUGGAAUAUGAGGAGGAUGGUUAAUAUUAUUCAGCAUGGGGCUUUAUCCACUCUGGAUGAGCAGAUACAUAAUUCUAAUAUUGAGGAUGAAGCUUUGUUGCAAAUUAAAAGUGAACGUCAGGCAAAAGAGGCAGCCAAGAGGAUAUUUCAAAAUGUGGCAAAACCAGGAUUGCAAUACAUUUACCUCCAAGAUGUGAUGCGCUUUAUGAGUAAAGAUAAAUCUUUGAAGACAAUGACUUUGUUUGGAAUAGCAAAUGAAAAGCAGGGAAUCAGCAAGCCCUCCCUUAAAGACUGGAUGGUUAAUGCAUUUAAAGAGAGAAGGGCACUUGCAUUGUCUCUCAAUGAUACAAAAACAGCUGUUGAUGAACUCCAUAAUUUGCUGAACGUCCUUGUAGCUAUCAUCAUAUUGAUAAUAUGGCUUAUUAUACUUGGAGUUCCAAUCUCCCACUUUCUUGUCUUCUUAAGUUCACAACUUCUCUUGGUGGUGUUUAUUUUCGGGAAUACCUGCAAAUCAGUAUUUGAAGCAAUAAUUUUCUUAUUCGUAAUGCACCCAUUUGAUGUUGGUGAUCGUUGUGAAGUUGAAGGAGUCCAGAUGGUAGUUGAAGAGAUGAACAUACUAACUACAAUUUUUCUGAGAUAUGAUAAUCAAAAGAUCAUAUACCCUAAUAGCAUUCUGGCUACCAAGCCCAUUGGUAAUUAUUAUCGUAGUCCAGACAUGGGAGAUGCAAUUGAUUUCUGUAUCCAUAUCUCCACCCCAGUGGAGAAGGUUGCCAUGAUGAAGGAGAGAAUAACAGGGUACAUUGAAAGCAAGAAUGAGCACUGGCACACAGCUCCAAUGGUGAUAAUGAGGGAUGUGAUAGACAUGAACAAACUGAUGUUGUCAGUGUGGCUUACACACAAAAUGAACUAUCAGGACAUGGGGGAGAGAUGGGCAAGGAGGGCCCUUCUAAUUGAAGAGAUGAUCAAAGUGUUCAGGGAGCUCGAUAUUGAAUACCGCAUGCUGCCUCUUGACGUGAACAUCCGAAACAUGCCACCUCUGAUAUCAAACAGGCUUCCUUCAAAUUGGGCAACCUGUGCUAGUUGAUAGUGAUGCAACAACAACAUUUUAGAUCUCUAUACGGGAGGAGUUCGCAAGUUUUCCUUGUAAGAAUUGAAGUAUUUAGGAAAUGAUUUAUUGUGAAAUUCAUUACACGUUUGUUAAAAUUGCUACGGAAUGUACUAAUUCUUAAACAUGGUAUGGUAGCUCCCCAUCAAGUUAUGUUU